CCAUCCACUUAAUUAACAACACUUCAAUGGAAAUUCCUCAAAUCACCAAAUUUUCUUCAAAACUCCCCAUCUCUGCCAUCUUUAAGUUAAAUUCCACUCAUGUCCAUUCUUUUGAGGCCGCCCCCCACAAAAUUCUUCGAGGGUAAAAUUGUCAAUAGGAGGUAUUUGUCCAGUGGCCAAUCGGUGAAGUCCACUUUCUUCAAACCUCUCACCGACGCCGCCACCGCAGAGAGCGAGUUUCGGCUGAUCUACGGCGGGUCUAGUGGUGGCGCAGUCUCUCCGAGAAAGCAGCCAACGAGCGUGGUACACAUGGCGUCCUCAGAUGUUAACAGCACAGAUGAUCGUAUCUCUCGGAUCGCCUCCACCAUUCGGGUCAUACCAGAUUUCCCCAAGCCCGGGAUCAUGUUUCAGGAUAUAACGACGCUGUUGCUUGAUCCGAAGGCGUUUAAGGAUACGAUCGAUUUGUUUGUUGAGAGAUACACAGGCAAAAAUAUCAAUGUUAUUGCGGGUGUUGAGGCAAGAGGUUUUAUAUUUGGUCCCCCUAUUGCACUGGCUAUUGGAGCAAAAUUUGUUCCUAUGAGGAAACCUAAAAAGCUGCCUGGGGAGGUAAUAUCAGAAGAGUACUCUUUGGAGUAUGGAACUGACAAAAUGGAGAUGCAUGUUGGAGCUGUACAGGCUGGAGAGCGUGUGGUUGUGGUGGAUGAUCUCAUUGCCACAGGAGGCACCUUAGCUGCUGCAGUUCGCCUGCUUGAGCGUGUUGGAGCAGAUGUUGUCGAGUGCACUUGUGUUAUUGAGUUGCCAGAACUGAAGGGUCGGGAUAAGUUGGGGGAUAAGCCGCUGUUUGUUCUUGUGGGCUCAUCAAUAUGAGGACAGAGAAUGUGUGAUGAUUUGUUUGCUUGUGUUCACCGUCUGCCAAAAAGACGCCCAAAUUUGGGUAGAUGGUGGUUUGUAUUGUUAACGUUUCUAUUGCUUGUAAUUUUGGAGUGAAGUACCGUUCAUACUCCAAAUCAUUAAUUCAACAAAUCAAUUGAACUUUUGAUUGCUGCCUGUGAGUUUCAUCCUAUUGGUUUGGGCUAUUAUCAACAUUAGAUUUUCACCGUUGGAUCAAUACCAACACAGGUAAGUAUAUGUGUGUUUGUGUGAUGAGUUUUAAAAAUAGCAGCCGCACUUGGACUGAUCCUUCCCCAAUUUCACCAAUAAUCUUUUCAUUUUUUAUUUUUUUUUUCAAUUUUAUGUUUGUGU